AUAUGGUCUCUCCUCAGAUUACCAACCUAGCCAUCAUCGUGGUGAUGAUGCAGCUAGCGAAGAAGGUUCCCUUUGAAGACCCCCAGGUCCUUCUCCUGGUCCGUGGCAUGUACAUCUUGUCCAACGUGAUCAUCCUGGGUCUCUACCUCUUCACGCAGGCCAAGAUCAGCAAGAAGAAUGACUUGACUACUCUGAAGUACGUGGAGCCGUCGCCCAUGGGCAGCGGCGAGGAGCCCCGUCCCGUGACCACCACCAACAUGGAGUACGACAAGCAGCAGCUGCGCACACUGAUCCGGGGACAACUGAUGGGCGUCGGCAUGAUGGGCGUGAUGCACCUCUACUUCAAGUACACCAACCCUCUUCUGAUCCAGUCGAUCAUCCCCCUCAAGGGCGCGAUCGAGUCCAACCUGGUCAAGAUCCACAUCUUCGGCAAGCCCGCGACUGGCGACCUCCAGCGCCCCUUCAAGGCCAGCAACAGCUUCAUGAACCAGGGCCAGAUCAAGAGCGACAAGGCCUCCGUGGAGAACGCCGAGAAGAACUGGCGGGGCGGUGUCAAGGAGGAGUAGAUUCGGGGCGUGGUGCAGCAGGGAGGGGGAUAUCUGUUUCCUCUGUAUUUAUAGAUGCGGUGUUACUGUGAGGGCCAAUCCGAUGGGGACUGGGAUAUGGGCUUUUCUGGAAUUCCACUCGCUUGCUUGCUUUCGCUUGGAGAUGCUAUACUUAUGCUUAUGUCCUAUCCUUGCUGUCAAUAUUCUUCGCAAAACGAGCU